UGAGGUGUAUAAUGUGUCCCUGGAUAGCCCUUAAAGUCUAGUUGACGUAUUGGGUGGUUUAUGUGCGAAGAGAGGGAUAGUUUCAGAUAAAAACCGAGCUUGAGUGAACUGCUGCGCAUAAACUCGAGCAGGGAGAGGGAGGUAUUGUCCGGUUCGUAUCUUGAGCUCCAGUUGUCCAAAUAAGGCGUUUGAGGUGUCUACGGAAAGCUCUAGAGACGAGGAAUCCGUGAAGGUCUGUUUUGCAUCAAACGGAGUUGUGGAAGGCCUCCAAAUUGUCCGAACAAAACACAACCUCGCAGAAUCGGAUCUUCCUUUCCAAAGUUAGGGAGUGAAUUCGCCGGAAAACACCCGUUCUAGGGGCUGUUUUCGUGUCUUCGGCUAGGAGUUGAACAAGCACCUUGAAGAGGCUGUUUAACACCUAUUUUUAAGCAAGUAAUCAGUUCUUAAUCCACCUUGUCCGAAGCUUUGACCGUUGGAUCAAGAAGGAGAAAUUUAAAGCUCAUUUAAGGUAUCCCCGUCUCUAUGGUGAACGUAAAGGGCCUUGCUCGUCUGAAGAAACAGGACCCGAAGGGGUCGGGACAGGGCAUCCAGAAGCCCGCCACUGCCCUCUUUAAGAAAGCCGAGGGCGAUGCCGCUGCCGGCAAGAGGAAGGCAGCGACCAAGGGGUCCCCCCCGGCUACCAAAAAGCCGAAGAAGGGGGAUGUCGCCGAGAAGGAGCCCCUGGUCAUUAUCGCUGAUGAGCACCCCGCCUCCGGGGUGCAUGUGGAGAAGCCGUCGGGUGAAACGCCGGCGGGGGCAGAGGAGUUGCUGCCUGAGGUCCUCCAAGUCUCGUUCCCGAGGGGGACAUCCCUGGCCAGCGGCGCUGUCGACCCGGGGGCCAUCUUGAGGGGCAUAACCCCUGAGACUGAUAGGGCUGCCCUCGGGGCCUAUAACGAUGCGGCCCUCGAGGACCACAUCCUCCGCUCCUCCCUUUCUGCUUGUCUAGCCCUCGGUGAACAUGCCCGGAGGCUUCAAGAAUGGCGCCUCCAUAAAGCCGAGCAGGAUGCCAAGAUGAAAGAAUGCAUCCUCAAAAAUAAAGAGGCGGUGAAGCUGGGGGCCAGGCUGGAAGAGGAGCUUCGGCAAAUGGAGCAGAGACUGGAGGCCGCAGAGAAAGGCAAAGUUGACGCUGAGGCCGCUGCUGAGGAGGCCAGGAGGGCUGCCAAAGAGGCCGAGGACUCCAAGGCGCUGGCCGUCGCCAAGGCUCGGGAGGAAGCCGUUGAUGCCUUCGUCGCCGAGGGCUGGAGGGCCGAGGGACGCAAGAUGUGGCUGUCCUCGGUUGUGGAGGCACACGUCGAGGAAUGGGCCGAGGGCCCUGGGUGGGAAUGGAUGGCCCGGAAGGGCAGAGAGUACUAUGAAGCCGGUGAAUUCUUCACCCAGGCCCUCAUCUACCAGAGGAUGGCCCGACAUUUGGGCAUUGAGCAAAAGGACUUCUCCCCCUCGGCGUAUGGCCUUCCUCCCCUGCAGCCUGAUGUCCGUGAGUCGCUCCCGGAAGGUGUUCAGAGGCCCGACCUUGAGGACACGGAGUUGAAGAAUGAGGCCGAGGACGACGCUGUCGAGACCGGAGCGGAGGCAUCAUCGAGGCCGGCUGCAGAGGGCGCCCCG